CACUGAAUAAUAAUCUAUUUAAGAUACGUGAGUGACUUGUCCGAAAUCAGGCACGCGCAUGCGCGCUAGUAAACAGCACCACUCCUCCACAGAAUUCAACAGUUGUCCCGACAACCAGAAGGAAGCGCAGGGGGAAAAAAGCCAAACUUUUUAAAAGUCGAUAAUACGACGACUUAUUAUUUUAUUUACCCGAGUUCCAGUGGAGUUUUCAGCAGAAAACAAAGGCCCAUGUUGCCAAGCCGCCAAGGUGUUGGGGCAGCCCGCGGGCGAGGUGCUAAGGAGCGGCAGGCUGGGAAUCCGAGCAGAAGAGUCGGUGAAGAGAGACGACAGGGAGUCGGUGUUCAGGAGUCUCUCGACGGCUCUCGAUAUGAAGGAGAGUUUGUUAAUGGCCUCAAACACGGCAAGGGGAGGUACACCUGGAAAAGUGGAGAGCUCUAUGAAGGCUCAUUCUACAAAGACUACAGACAUGGUGAUGGAGUAUACUGCUGGCCAUCAGGCCACAAAUUCAUUGGCAAAUUUUACCUCAACUGGAGAGAAGGAUAUGGACAACAACUGUUUCCAGAUGGAGCUACAUUUAAGGGUUUGUACCAUGCAGACCAGAGGUUCGGUCCAGGCGUUCUUAGUGAGCCAUCAGGACAUCAGGAUGUGGGACUUUGGCAUGGGAAACAUCUGAUACAACUUUGUAACUCUGUACAAGACAGCUUCAGUCUGAAAAAUGUCUCUGGAUAUGCUGAAAACUUAGCGGAAACGUCUACAUCAUAUCAGAAUCAGCCAAAGAAACAUGAUAAUUUGCUGCUACAGGAUGAUAAUACCAUUCUUCCAACUGGGAUUGAGUAUUACUCUUCGGAUAGUGACCACCUACACUUCCCCCCAGAGAAAAGAAGAGAGUUUGACCAACAUUUUUAUGGCCAGUUGUGGGAGCCAGAUGAUCAUCCAUACCAAGGCUACAAAAGGGACCCACUCUCCACUCUGCCCUUAAAAACCCGAAUACUGGCUCACAUUCACAAACACAGACGACUGGCUGAAAACUUGGACUGGGACGUUGCAGCAAUUCUCUCAUUAAAAAGGGACAGUUUUGGUCCUAAGGGACCUCUGGAAGUCACAUCAGAACUGUUGAUCCGGCAAGCUGCUACAGGAGAACGAGAGUCUGUUUUAAAGAUUCUUCUGGAUGGCCUUGUUCACCCCGAUGUAGAAGAUUCUCUGGGACACACUGCACUGAUUGCCGCCACAGUAAACUGCCAUGAUGAUGUGAUUCACUUGUUGUUAGAUAUGGGAGCUGAUAUUGACAAGCUCAAUUAUGAGGGUUUGUCAGCUUUGUCGGUGUGUCAUGUACUUUACUAUCCUUUUCAGUCUUUGUACAUGUUUUCUGGACCUCCAGCCAAAGCACGUGUAUGUGACUUCACUACUGACUCAUCCAGCCCAAACAACAGACAUCAGACAAGUGAUACACACCAGACCAACCAGGAUCACCUCUCUGAUCAGACAAGAGAAGAUCUAUCAGGAUGUAUCUGUUUUCAUCCCAACAUGUGCAGUGAGCUUUCAAGUGGCCUAAGUGGACCCAUGACCCCUGGAGUAUAUCACUUUCAGGAAAAGGACAGAGAAGACAAAGUUCAAACUGGACAAGAGAGAAAAUGGAAAGAUGUUUAUAGUGUAGGAAAUGAUGCUGAAUUGAGCGAAAGUGGAAAUAUAGUUAUGACAAAUUUUAAUGAGGCUGGGAGCUGGGAGGAAGAUGAGAAGAACCAGAAAGAGAAGGCGCUACUUUCAAAGCACUCCAUUCCGGUGAUGGAUGGCCACAUUGUAUUGGGUAAUGUGGAGUGGCAAGAAUAUUCAUCAAUUAAGCACCACAUUGACAAAGACAUGACCCCAGCACAAUCCUUUUCCUCUACCUGUUCCAUGUACAGCUACAACAUAAAGGUCACAGAGGACGAUCUGCAAACUGCAGCUGAAACUCUGAGUCACACUGGAUGCUCCCAACACUCUUAUACUCAGGAGAUUGUACACAGAAUGGCUGCAAUGAAGUUGGAGCAUCGUGCUCGUUUGAGCACACUGAAGCUGUUAUUGGAUCGGGGAGCUGACCCCAACAUUUCCAGCGUCCCGUUCCCUGUCAUGUUUUUGGCCAUUAUGGGAGCAGAUACUGAGGCUGUCGAGAAACUUCUACUGUGUGGAGCUCAAACAGAUAUCUCUCUCCCACCGGAGUGGAAAGGACUUUACCCUCUACAUGUGGCUGCAACACUGCCAGGCCCUGAAGGUCCCAAAAUCACAGAAGUGCUUCUGCAUGCUUUGGCUAACCCAGAUGCACGGGCAGGCGACCAUGAAGGAAUUUAUCUACACGAUAAGGUUUCCAUGAUGACCAAAAAAACACAAAGGGCUGAGAAGCCAUCUGAUCGAAACACGCAGCCAUGUACCCAGGAUGAGCUCUGCCAACCUGAUAAGGUGUGUACUACGAGUGUGAAGCCAUGCCCUUUAGAAGGAGGUCGAACAGCUCUGCACAUGGCUUGCCAGCGAGACACUGAUCACCGUAAUGCCAGCAAAGUGGUAUCCCUCUUGCUCUCCCACGGGGCCAAAACUGACCUCCAUUGGAGUGGACAUUCAGCUCUUUCUCUAGCAAUAUCAAGUGGCAAUGACAUGGCAGUAGCAGAGCUCUUAAAAGCAGGUGCUGAUCCCAACCUUCCCUUGGGUCGUAGAGUGGGUAACGCCCUUUGCGCCCUCGGUAACUUCAACUACCGUUUAGAUGGCAAACGAGCAAAAUUGUUGGACAUGUUAGAAAAGGCUGGUGCUGACAUGCUGAUGCCUGUUCAGGUCGGCGACUCUAUUGGAAAUGUAGUCGACUACGCAUAUAACUCCUUCAAUCAGGACUUGCGUAUUGCCAACACACCAUUCCAUGCUCUCAGCAUGGAGGAGAGAGAAACAUUCAAAGUACGUCGCAACAUUCUGAGCAUGAUGGGAGAUCUGUUGAGACAGACUGCUAUUCAGAGAGAGAAAGAGCAGUUGGAGAAAGAAGGCAACCUCAUACUGAAUCGUGACAAUUUUUCUGAUGAUGCCAAAUCAAGCUCAAGCAAUCAAAGUGGACUUUCCAUGGCAGUGAAACAAAGGACCCCAUUAUUUAAGUUCUGCUACCACUGUGGUCGCUCUAUUAUUGUGAGGUUAACUCCUUGUACUCGUUGCCGCAAAGUUGUUUACUGCUCUGCAACCUGUAAACUCAAAGCUUGGGAUAAGAGACACAAGGAAGAGUGUCGGUAAGAGUCAAGUGGGAAUCAGAACCCUUUUUACAAAGUAACCUCAGGACUAACAAGAUGUGACAUGCUGCAAAAUGAGCUUAUGCCUGAUUUUAUUUGACCCAAUAAAC